AUGCUUAUUCUGUGUGCAAAGCUGAACUGCUUCGGGCGUCACCGCAGACAGACGGCCCCGGCCCCGGCCCCGCAGAUCUCCGGCAGCAGGAGCGAGCUGUGUGCUCCGCCACUUCACUCCAGGAUCAACGGCUGGUCUCUUCCUCUGCAUGGCUUCCAGCUCCUCGCCUGGCUCGUCUACAGCUUCAUGGCCAUCGUCGGCUUCGGCAUCUACUUGCCUCUUCUCCCGGCGCCGUGGAGCUUCGCAGCGUACGCCCUGAUCGGCGCAGUGUUUGUUCUGCAUUUGGUGACUCACGUGGCGGCGGUGACCGUCGACCCGGCGGAUCUGAGCGUUCGGAGGAGGAAGGAUUACUCCAGCCCCAUGCCUGUGUUUGACAACACCAAACAUCAGCACGUCAUCCACAAUCUGCACUGCACGCUGUGUGAGGUGGACGUCGCACCUAAAGCCAAACACUGCAGCACCUGCAACAAAUGCAUCGCAGACUUCGACCAUCACUGCAAAUGGCUAAACAACUGUGUGGGAGGAAGGAACUACUGGUUCUUUUUCAUAACCGUCUCGUCUGCUGUCAUUGGGAUGUUCCUCCUCAUUCUUGUGGUCUUGUUUGUCUUCAUCGAGCACUAUGUGAACCCGGCUGUCCUGCGCACCGCGCCGCAGUUUCAGACUGUGAAAGGCAACGGCACGUGGCUGGUUUUCCUCCCGGCGGCUCCUUUAGAGACCAGCUCUAUCGGUCUGCUGGCGCUGGCCUUCAUCACAGUCCUGCUGGCUCUGGCUGCGCUCUUGCUGCUCUGCCACUUACUGUGCUUCCACAUUCACUUGUUGUCUCAGGGCAUCAGCACUUAUGAGUACAUCGUCCGGAAGCGUCAGUCGCCGAACCCUAAAGAGAAAGAGCAGGGUCCUCCGGCACUGCCGUCUAACGGAGCCACCACACAGAGUCUCGGGCCGCUGGAGUCCCCUGUGAACUGUGACGCGCCGCUCUCCAGCAGGUCUUGUACCUUCAAACUGGAAGAUAGAGGACCAACAUCCGGUGGACUGCCAGAACCCGUCUGUGCUGAGAUGGAGGAGGUGAAUGCAGAGAGACGUCUGGACUACGGCUCUGAAUGCCCAGCACUGAUGAUCCCAGGUGAGCUUGUGAUGUCACUUCCUGCGCACGGGAUAGAGAAGCCUCAAGCCCCGGGACGGAGCAGCAUGAAGCCGAUCAUCCAGGACCCGCUGGGAAGCUCCAUCAUGGUUCAUCAGCAGCUGAUGACGGAUGCGCAGACGCAGCAUUUAGGGAUGCCUUGAGUCAAAAACACGCUAGAUCAAAACAUUUCAAUCUGACUGACUUUAUGCAGCUUCUGUACGGACUUAUGUGAGCCUGCAGCACAAAAGCAGUGUUAAGUCGCUGGGGGAUAUUUGUAGCA